GUUCGAAAUUCCCAAAUGUUGUAUUAUGUGUUUUAAAUUUGACAUAAAGUAGCAUGUAUGCUGUGAAUCACUUAUUUUGAACCCAAGAACCACAGAUCCACAAAAUGAGCCGCCAUCAGCGCAGUCGCAGCCGGAGUCCACAGGCCCGUCGUAGCCGUCGAAGCAGAAGCCCUGACCGCCAACGAAGAAGUCGAACUCCUCCGUCUUCAUCUCGACGUGAGUCUUGGCGACGAAGUCGUAGUCCUGACAGCCGGUAUGGCUCGCAGCGGCGCGACGACUUUGGCAGAGAUCGAGGCAGUACCACAACACCAUCGUCGUAUGCUCCGCGUCGCCCUCCGAAUUCUUUCGGUGGAGACGACGACAAUGCCUUCCUCGCUAUGCGCGUGGCCGAUCGAAAAGCGCUCAAGUACAACAUCUGGGCGACAUUUCCAUCCCCGCCGUCGCCGGAACCUGUCGUCGCCAAGAAGAAAGCGUCCGCUGCUGCACGUCCACGUACACCGUCCCCCGCUCCGUCCUCAUCCUCUUCUUCCUCGGAAGACCGCCGUCGGCGAAAACGUCGUCGUCGAAACAAGCGCAAGGCGUCAUCGUCGAAAUCGUCCAAAUCCAAGAAGCGGCAACGGAGUCCAAGUACCAGUAGCAGCAGUAGCAGCAGCUCCAGCGAGUCCGAUGCCAAGGCCGCCGACUCCCCCGAGCCGCUCCCUCCACAGGUCCAGCAAUCCACGGAGGAACUCGACCGCUUCCGGGUCGCCGUCCAGGGUUCCAAGGCGCGCCAAGGCAACGACGACCAUGACGAUGAUGUCGUCGGGCCCAUGCCGCUCCCGGACACUGCCGCAUCUGCUGCAUCCUCUGUGACCUACGGCCGCGACCUUCUUCCUGGCGAAGGUGCCGCCAUUGCCCAGUUCGUCCAGAAGAACAUGCGCAUCCCGCGACGAGGCGAAGUCGGGUGGAGCGGUAACGAGAUUGAACAGCUGGAAACGGCAGGGUACGUGAUGAGUGGAUCGCGCCACCAGCGCAUGAAUGCAAUCCGCAUCCGCAAGGAGAACCAGGUGUACUCGGCCGAGGAAAAGCGCGCGCUGGCGCUGAUCAACAUGGAGGAGAAGCAGCAGCGCGAGAAUAACGUCAUGGCCGAGUUCCGCGACAUGCUCACGGAAAAACUCACCAAGAAGCAUGGCGCGCUGGUCGUCCAGGACCGAAGCGACAUCAAUGCGAUGCCCAAGGACGCCUAAUAUAUACAUAUUACUGUAUAUACUAUAGUAAUAUUGUGAUUCGAAAUUCGAGUUCAAGGAGCAGACGAAGAAGAAUCGAUAUAUCGACCAAUCAAAAUACAAAACAUGAAUCAACUAGC